AUCCCCGGAAGUGGUCUUGUACUUCCUGCUACCGGCAGCUUUCUGUAGCUCGGUUAGCUUCUUCUUUCUGCCUGUUUUUAGCCCUUUUUAGUUAAAAAUGGGGGAGGCAGAUGUGACCCUAAAUCAGACCGACGAGAAGCCCCCGGACUCGGGCCUGGUCACCGGGGAGGACUCGGUGGUGUGGAGCCACGAGGUGGAGGUCUGUCUGUUUCACGCGAUGAUCGGACACAAACCUGUCGGAGUGAACCGUCACUUCCACAUGAUCUGCAUCAGAGAUAAGUUCAGUCAGAACAUCGGGAGGCAGGUUUCCUCCUCCGUCAUCUGGGAUCACCUGGGAACCAUGUACGACAUGCAGGCUCUGCACGAGUCGGAGAUUUUGCCGUUUCCAAACACAGAGAAGAGCUUCUCUUUGCCUGAUGACAUCAUCCAGGAAGUGAAAGAAGGGAAGCUGGGCUCGGAGGAGGAGACCAAAGAAGAGUUCAGGAUGGAGAGGGAACCUCCAGCUACACAUGAAGAAGGCAGUAACUCAUCAGUGAAGAUGUCGGAGCGAACCAGCAGCAGUCGGGAAAAAGAGAGAGAGCGGGAAAAGGAGAAGGGGGUGAGUGAAGGAGGAGCAGCGGCAGGAGGAGGUGGAGGAGGGGGAGGCGGAGGAGGGAAGGAGGCAGAGAAGAGGAAGAGGAGUCGAGCUGCGGAGAAACUUCUGUCGUCUUCCAAUCCCGCGAGCCCGGGGGGAGCCAAGAGGAGACGCACCUGAGAGGUGGAGAAACAGAGAGACAAAGUGUGUGGUGGAAGUGGGGGAGGAAACUGCGGUUAAAAAAGAAGUGAAGAAGAGUCUAACGUCACGGGAUUGGAACCUGUGAGCUGUGUUUGCCCGCCGCACUGCAAACAGGGAAACUGGAGGAAGUGGAGGAGGCGCUUCCUGUGUUCUGUCCCUGCAGCUGCACGAUCCUGCCGAAUAUCCGACAGCAACACAACGUGUCGUUCAAUUUUGAUUUGUCUUUUUAUUCAUUUGUUCAGGGUGCGUUUGAUUUAAUCUGGGUCAUUUUUUACAGUGUGCUUACAGCCGCUUUAAAAAAGAAACCACAUUCAUAAUUGCACUUCUUUAACGCUGUCAGGCUCAUGAGAUAUCGUCCUUUUUCUAUCCAGCGCAUGUCUGUCGUUUCCGUCGAAACCUGCCGCCUACAUUACCCACAAUGCAACUCAACAGCCAACAAUUUGCCUAGAGGUUUGAAGUGUGCGAUGCUAGUAGCGGCUAAGGCAGACGUCUGGUAAUCUCACCUCUUUCUUUCCAGAUGUUUUUUACUUUUUAAACUCGUAGUCUUUAUCCUCUGACGCUGACCCACUUGAGAACAUUUAUCAGACUUCACACAAACGGCUCCUUCUGGAAAAACAUGAUACAACAUCUGCAGUAGAGCUCCUUAACAUCUGGAAGGGGGUGGAUAGUCAGUGAAAUGGCCUUUUAAAGAGCAUGGGUAUUGUCUUUCGUGCUAAUGAAAACAUGAAAUCCAUAUUCCCAUUUACAGCUAAUAUUCUCCUAGAAAAAUACUGUAAUACGGCUUCAAUCAGAGAUCAAUAUCCUUUGUUUUAAAAGUCCACAGGAUCUAUCAAUUCUAUAUCUUUAUUGGUGCACAAUUGUUUGUUUUUUUAUUGCUAUGAUUAUUAAACAUGAAGCCGGAGAGACCAGAGAAAGACUCGGCUCAUCUGAAGUCAGCUCAGUCCUGUGUGACGUGUCUUUGAGGAUUUUAUCGUCUGACUGUUAAAUUUAAUGCAAUAAAUCUCAGCGGUCAUAUUUUCUUUAUUCUCCAUUUAUGGAUGUUUUCACAUUUUGUAAGUUUACUGAGUAUUUUGUUGUCCUUUGGUCUUAUUUUCUGACAGUGACUGCAGAGGGGUUGUGUCACAGUAUGCUAUUGCUAAAUAUAUAUACUGUAUAUAUAUAUUUAGGUUUUCAGUCUCAGCUAAUGGGGAAAUGACACGCUGUUCCCUUUAAUUUUUCAGUAACAUGUUAAUUUAUUGAUGUUUGAGGCUGUUGGUGUCAUUAAAGAUGAUCAGUAACGUC